AUGUAGAAAAUAUAAGAUGACUAAUAAUAUAUAAAAAAUACAAAGAGCAUGUAGAAGAUGUAAGAAAUUGCAGAUAGAUUAGCAUCCACAACACCUGAUUUAACAAAAUGUAAAUUUGAAUUUAAUUGUUAGUUAUUAAUCCUGAGGCAAUCUUAAAACCGACGAAAAUGUAAAUUGAUUUAUAAGGUAAGAAAGGUGAUCCAAAUGAUCCAAAAAAUAAGAAAAAAUAAAUCUAAUAAAUAAAUAAUAUAGCAAAAAAUGAAAUGACUGCAUAAGAUUGGAUGUAAAAGUCUUCAGAAUUGUAAUCAAUAUUGGAAAAAGAAAAGAUGAGAACAAAUUAAUUAGAAUUAGAACUAAAAAAUAGAUAAGAAAGAUUUGUUAAUAGAGAAAUUGAGUAUAGAAAAACAAUAGAAGAAUUAUAAUCUGAAUUAAGAGCUAAAACAGCUUUAGAUUAAGGUGAUAGAAAAAUAAUGGAGAAUAUAUAUAAGGAUCAUAAUAAAAUAAUUGAGGGAAUAAAUAAUAUUUAAUUAAGAACAUCGAAAAUAUUAGUGGAUUAGGAGAGAGAUAUUAUUAGAUUUUUUAAUAAUAAAAUAAAUGAAAUAAAGAAAUAGUUUGAAGAGGAAAGAAUAAAGAAAGGUAAAAAUGAUUAGGAAUAUAUUGAAAAAGAAAAUUAAUUGAUUAGUGAAUUAGAAUGGAUUAAAAAUAUAGCUUAAAAAAUAGAUAAUGAAAAUCAUUCUCUGAUGUAAAAAUAUAAAGAAUUAAAAAUAUAGUAUUAGACAUAAGAGAAUGAUCGAGAAAUGCUUUUAAAAGAGUUAAUAAUGAAAAAAAAAAAAAAUGCGAUUCUUAAAUCAUAAAUAUAAUAAUAUGAGAAAUUAUUAAAUGAAGUUUAAAAAGAUGAAAUAGAAUAGGAUGAUUAAUCUUUUGAUUAACCAUCAUAUUAAGAUAUUGUAAGACCUGGAAGUAAAGCUAAAGUUAGAAUAAGAUCUGUUAAGAAUUCAGCUUAAUCUUAGAAUAAAUAAAAUAAGGAUGAAUAAUUAUCAAAAAAUCCAUCAUAAAUAUAAUAAUAAUAAUAAUAAUAAUAAGGUUCAUAAUAAAUUUAAUAAACUUUAUAAAGAUAUGAGAAAACAAUGAAAUCAUUAUAAUCAACAUUAAAAAAGGAAUAAAAGAGAGUUAGAGAAUUGAAAUAAUUGUAUAUCAAAGAAAUUUAAAGUAAAUCAGAAUUGGAAUUAAUUUUAAGAAAAUGCAUAGAUGAUAUAAAGGAAGAAAUAAUUUAAAUCAAAGGAGAAGCAAGAAUUAUAAAUAAGAAUUCGAAAAGUAAGAAUUAUAAUUAAUAAUAUAGAUAAACCAGAUAUGUUGGAGAAAGAAGAUAGAGAUAAAUUAAUUUAAACUUUAUUAGAUAAUGAAAAGAUUGUGACUUUAAUACAUGAUUAGAUAUUUUAUGCUAAUAAAAAAAAGGUUGAUGUUGAUGAACUAAAUACAUCAAAAUAAUAAUAAUAAACAUAAUAAAAGUUAUUUUCAUUUCCUAAUAAAUAAACAAUAUAAUAAUAAUAAUAAUCUUAAUAAAAAUAAUAGGAAGAGGAAGGAUUUGAUGAUGAAGAAAAUCCAGAAGAUGAGUUUUGA